GUGAGAGGCAGAGAGAGGGGGUUCAAGAGAGGGCCCGAAAGUACAUUGGAAGGGAGAGAUGUACGGAAGGAGGGGAGGGGAGAAGGGAAGGCGAAAGGAAAGAGCCAUCAGGCGCAAGGUUCCAUGGCGAUGGCUACCGGUAGGAGGUUUGAAGCCUGCGGCAAUUUGGAGAAGGUCGAUGAUUUACCACCACCGCUCUUACCCGAUUGGUCAAGUCUGCAAACGGAUGUGCUUGCGGUUGUCCUGAGCUUCCUUCCUGUUCGGGAAAGGUUUCGAGCGGGAAGCGUGUGCCAGAAAUGGCGCCGUGCGUCUUUAGAUCCUGGCUGUUGGACAGAAGCUGAUCUAAUGGACGUGCAGACGAAGAUCUCCGGGAAAGUAACGAGAGCCGUCAUUGUGCGCAGCAGGGGUCAGCUGAGGAGCCUCUCAAUCCGAUUUUGCAGUGAUCAGUUGCUAGAGUUCAUCGGCGCGCAGUGCCCGCUUCUUGAAAAGGUCAAGAUCGAUGAAGUAAAGGAAGGUGAUUUGACUCUACUCAAUAAAUUAUUUGAGCCGUCGAUCGAUUCGAUCCAACGGUUUGUUCAGGGCUGUCGUCGUAUUCGAUCCCUCCACCUCUUCUUCUUAAUUUGGGUAGAGCGUUCCCGAGAAGAGUUCACCGAAAUGGUUAGGGUUUUGAUAUCUGGUUUUCCCAACCUAGUGUCUUUGUACCUUGACGUGUCAGCCGUACGAUGUACGGAAGUGCAAAUGGUGGUUCGCUGUGAGGUUUUGAAGAUCGAUAUUGAUGACAUUCGAUUCAUAAUAGAGCACUUACCUAAUUUGGAAUGCCUGGUGCUCAAGCGAGCUCAAGUCACAGAUGCUGUUCUGGAUGUGAUUGGCAGGGGGAUGCCGAAUUUGCGAUCUCUGUCUCUGUUGUAUUGCGGCUAUCUGACUCGGGGGGGGUUAAGAGCACUGCAGGCCGCAAGGAAAGAUCUGCAUGUCACCAUGAAGCGCUGCAUGAAGGGUGAGUACGAUGCUGAAUUUGUAUGGUAGGUGCCCUAUUUACGUCUAUAUAAUUCCAAAUUAGGUUUUAUCGCCCGAAAGACAGCAUUGUUGUUACAGCUGUGUCUUCUCCUUCCGGACACUCUAGAGGGGGGUUACUUCUACCUUCAGCAGUUUCCUGACUCUAUGUAGUCUUCCAUCAAGGAUGAGUGACAGGCAAGAUGCGGCUGCUGGAGAUCCUAGUGGAAUAAGAAAAAGCGUAGUAAUGGUGGCCUAGGGUUGGUAGCUAGAUAAGGAGACAAGGCAUGAGGAACUCUGGUCUCCAUCAUCCAGCUGCUGGCUGAUGAAUCUGGCUCUGUAGUCCUCCUGAAGAUAGUACUCAGGCGCGAGGUACAGCAGUUUUGUGACUUCAGUCUUCCAUCCAUGAUAGGUGACAGGCAAGAUGCAGCAGGCAGAGAACGUAGUGGAAUAAGAAGCAUAAUAGUAGUAGCCUAAGGUUGAUAGCUAGAUAAGGAGACAAGGCAUGAGGAACUCUUGUCUCCAUCAUCCAGCUGCUGGCUGAUGAAACUGGUUCUUUAGUCCUCCUGAAGGUAGUACUUAGGCGCGAGGUAGAGCAGUUUUGUGACUCUUCGUCUUCGAUCAACGAUGAGUGACGGUCAAGAUGCAGCAGCCGCAGAACCUAAUCACAUAGGAAGGUACGAGGAAGAUUCAUGGAGCUGUUGCGUGAUGAAUCCCCUGGUUUAGGCCAGCUUUUGCGCCGGCCACGAUGACAGUUUCAAAAUGCAUUCCACGCA